CAAAAAUACAGUAAUUCUCACUGCAUGUGACCCCCCUCUUUAUACAGAGCUCGCGUCAACUAUCUUUUAUCCCUGCUAAUACGCUCCCUGAACUCGCUUUGGAAAGCAGCAUCAGCGCGAGCAAAUGUGUUAAUUUCUAUUGUUAUUAUCCAAGAAUGUUCAAACUUCGGAAAGUUUCAAGUCAUAUAAACUACCAGCCAGCAGCAGUGCUUGAUGGAGCUCUCAAAAGUAAUGACAUAUGUAAAUUGUUUAGCACACCUGGGCACCUUUUCAUGCAGAGGGGCAGUCAACUACAGGUGUUUGAUGCUUUCCCAGCAGACUUAAAGUCAUCAACACUAUGCAAGCCAUUUACAUUCUUUUUGUCUGGGACAUCCCCUGUGAUCCAUAUCCAUGUUCUGCAAACAAAUUGGAAUAUCGCUUUUAUGGUACAUGAGGAUGGUGAUGUAGAAAUCUGGAAGCACAUCCAAGGCAGUCACUCCUGGAGUAAGGUUCAUCAGGUGUGCAUCUGCAAUACCAAAGACGCAUUGGUCACCAAGGUGCUCAUACUGGAGGAACAUAAGAAAAUUCUUUGGUUGGAAAAGAAUCCAGGCGGGGAGGACGACUGCUGCUAUACUGUAAAUGCGAGAUCAUUUAGUAAUGACGGAGAUAGUAUAACAAACAUUGGCCCUGUGGAUGUACUCCUCUCUAAUUGUCCAGAUGUAGACUUCUUUGAAAUACAUAAUAGGGUGUAUAUAUGGCCCAGUCACACAUGUCCUCCUGGUUUGUAUUUUGUUUGGUACAUAAAUAAAUUGAGAGACAACUGUUUGAAGACACUCAUCUUGGGAAGGAAAUUUGAAGAAAAUAUACAAGAAACCAGUGCAGAUUUUAAAUUACUAGCAAGAAACCUAAUUCAUGUCUGGUCCCAGGUCGAGGGUUGUUUGAUUACUGCGAAGAUAGUAAAUGAAGUUAACAAGGAACUCUUAGUUGUACACAGUGAUGGAGAGGUGGAUAUUCUAUGUGAAGACAACAAAAUUUCAAGAAGAAUAUCACUCAAAGGUUACCAGCACUGUGAGAAGGAAAGCUUACAUGUAUUUAGAAGUAGACUGUUUGCUGUAGAACAGACAAGAAUAAGAAUAUUUUGCAUGAAAUCCGGAAACAUUACACAAGAAAUAGACCUGCACUCUCUAAGUGAUACCGAGAUCCAUACAUGGAGUGGGUUUGGCCCAGUACCAAGUGUUGGAGUUUGGAGCAGUAAAGGAUUGUGGGAAUUACAGAUGACAGAAGUGGACAAACUACAAGACCGCCAACAAUUAGAAGAGUUUGGUCAAGAUAGACUAGCCAGUAACGCUGUACUGAAACAACUGUUAUUCACAGAAAAGUCGGGCGAUAUGAAGACAACAUCCACUACAGAGCUACUGAAACCAGAAAUGUUUCAGAAUCCAGCCAUUUUACUAGCAUUACUACAACAGACUAAAGAGGGCAGCAAACCCAAUUCAGUUGUGGAUGAGCAGGAGAGGUUGUGCUCACUGUUUUCUGGCAAUAAACUUGACUGCGAUCUGAGUGAGAGUAUGGACUCUUUACUUAGUCAGUUCAAGCAUCUCAAUACACAGUACUCACAGCUUAUGUCAUUUCAACCAGAGAAUGCAGUAUCUCCCUCAUCUUUCCUUUAUGACGAAGUACUAUUCCUCAUUCAGGAUUCUACCGUGCAUUCAAUUGAUUAUAGGUACUCUCAGAUGGAAGUCUUAGCACAGCAUUUUCCUUGUAAAGUACUUGACAUAUUGCUGCGAUAUCUCCAUAUAGGAAGGUUUGCAAAUGGUCAAGAAUAA